AUGGCCAACAAGCUGACCACCUUCGGCAAAAUCCUGCUGCGCCGGCGGGCGCUGGACUGCUCCGGGGACGACACCCCGUUCGCCCGCUGCCUGUCCACCCUGGACCUGAUCGCGCUGGGCGUGGGCUCCACGCUGGGCGCCGGCGUCUACGUCCUGGCCGGCGAGGUGGCCCGGGAGAAGGCGGGCCCGGCCAUCGUCCUCUGCUUCCUCAUCGCCGCCCUGUCCUCCAUGCUGGCCGGCCUGUGCUACGCCGAGUUCGGCGCCCGCGUGCCCAAGACGGGCUCGGCGUACCUCUACAGCUACGUGACGGUCGGGGAGAUCUGGGCCUUCAUCACGGGCUGGAACCUCAUCCUCUCCUACGUCAUAGGCACGGCCAGCGUGGCCCGGGCCUGGAGCUCCACCUUCGACAACCUGGUGGAGCAGAAGAUAUCGGGCUUCUUCAAAGCCUCCAUGGCCAUGAAGGUGCCGGGGAAGGUGCUGGCAGAGUACCCCGACCUGUUCGCCCUCAUCCUGGUGCUGCUGCUCACAGGGCUCCUGGCCUUCGGCGUGAGCGAGUCGGCUCUGGUGAACAAGAUCUUCACCGGCAUCAACCUGGUGGUCCUGGGGUUCGUCAUCAUCUCUGGCUUCGUCAAGGGCGACGCGGCCAACUGGAGCCUGACCGAGAGCGACUACGCCGCCUUCGUCAACGACACGGCGAGAAUCAACAAGACCCUACCGAAAGAGUUUGGCGUGGGCGGGUUUGCCCCGUUUGGCCUCACUGGAGUCCUGUCUGGCGCCGCCACUUGCUUCUAUGCUUUUGUUGGCUUUGACUGCAUCGCCACAACAAGCGAAGAGGCCAAGAACCCCAUGCGCUCCAUCCCCAUCGGCAUCGUGGCCUCGCUGCUCAUCUGCUUCUUCGCCUACUUCGGCGUGUCGGCCGCCCUGACCCUGAUGAUGCCCUACUACCAGCUCAACACGCAGAGCCCGCUGCCCGAGGCCUUCAGCUACGUGGGCUGGUACCCGGCCCGCUACAUCGUGGCCGUGGGCUCUCUCUGCGCCCUGUCCACCAGCCUCCUGGGCUCCAUGUUCCCGAUGCCCCGCGUCAUCUACGCCAUGGCAGAGGACGGCCUGCUCUUCCGCGUUCUGUCCCGGAUGAACGCGCGGACCAAGACUCCCAUCCUGGCCACCAUAGUGUCGGGCAUCGUUGCAGCUCUGAUGGCCUUUCUCUUCGACCUGGCUGCCCUGGUUGAUCUCAUGUCCAUUGGAACUCUGCUGGCGUACUCCUUAGUGGCCAUCUGUGUGCUAAUCCUCAGGUACCAGCCAGGCACCCUGAACUCGCCCAGUCAGAUGGAGAAGCUGGUGGAGAUGGUGGAAGGGGAGAAGGUGGCGGUCAGCGGGGGGGACAGCGGCGACGAGUCCAUGGAGACGGACGAGCGGCCGCUCCAGGGCACCUUCACCUUCAAGCAGCUCUUUUUCCCCCGCGAGAAGAUCCCCACACACACGUCUGGCAACAUCGUCUACGUCACCACCGCCGUCAUCUGUAAGUCCGGCCCCCCCCCCCCGUCCCUCAGCACCGGCCGCAGUUUUCCUGCCCUCAUCACGGUGCUGUGCAUCGUCCUGGCCAACAGCCUGCCGCAGCUGAUGACGGGCCACGCCGGCGUGGUGGUGCCCUGCAUCGUGCUGGCCCUGCUCUGCUGCGUCUGCAUCGUCAUCAUCUGGAGGCAGCCGGAGAGCAAGGAGGCUCUCACGUUCAAGGUCCCUCUGCUUCCCUGGCUGCCCCUGUUCAGUGUUUUUGUCAACAUCUACCUCAUGAUGCAGCUGGACUGGGGAACGUGGUGCCGCUUCACAGUCUGGAUGAUUAUCGGUUUUGCCAUCUACUUCUUCUACGGCAUCUGGAACAGCACCGAAGCCGGGGGCCGGUCGCCCCCCCGCAAGUACGAGUCCUCGCUGCAGAACAAGAGCCCCAUUUACCGGGGCGCCCCCACCGACAGCGACGUGGAAGUGGGCGACAGCCCCUGAUAGCGGCCCAGACGGGGCCCGAUGGGGGGGCGGGGCACCACAAAGCACCACCCCGAGUUAAACGGGAGAAGAGGCAAGGAACGCCACAAAUGUCAUACCUCUUACUUUAGAGGCUUUUUAACUUGAUGGCUAGACACUGUGACAGAGCCAUUUUUCCCCUUCUGGCUUAUGUUUCCGUUUUUAACCAGUCUGUAUUUAGCCUUAGCCCACAGCAGACAUGUACACCUGCUUUCAGUGGACUUGACUAACCGUUGUGGUGCUUAUCUGGAGCUGUACACCGGAGCAAUGUUACUCUUUUAGCUGUUUUAUGUGCAUUAAUUGUCGUCCCGCGUGCGGGGGCCACAUAGCCACUAGAAUUAAGGCGCUCGGCUUAAAUUACCGCGAAUGACCACGUGAGCCAGUCAGUUUACAAUUAUCAAGACACUCAAGAUCAUCGAGCCAAACCUCACACCCGAAGCCCGGCUGCUCGGUGCAGCCUCCGCCGGACCAGAUGAGUUGCUCAAACACUACGGCUCUUCCAACCCCUCCGGCUCUCUCCAGAGAACGGCUCGCUCGGUGAGAAACGGCCCGCGCUGUUUCCAGUGUCUGCGCGUAGAGACUGCUUCUUUCAAUUUGCAGAUAUUCUGUGGCCUUUUGUUUCAGCCUGAAAUCGAAGCCAUGUCCUAAAGUCUACACACCAUCCACCUUUUUUAUAUAUGCGUAUAAAAACAAAUGUUUUAAACGAAUGAUUCCAGUUUCACAGUCUGCCUCCUUUUCUAAGUAGAAGUGUGGGAAACCUGGGCUGGAACAGGUGGAGGUCUGCGUCUGACCACUACCACAACGCCAGGUCAUGAUCUGUUACGUCAUUGCGGAAAAAGAACUUCUGUUUUCCCCACAGAAACUUGGCAGCUUUGCCUGUUAAGAAUCCCAUACAUUUUUCUUUUUUUUUCUUGUUUUUUUACAUCGCUAGACUUUUAGAACGGUUCAUAUUUAAAUGUCAAUAGUGUAGAAUAUUAUCAUCUCUGUUCUCAUUUUUACAUUCUCCUAUCAGACUCGGUCCAUUUACCUGCUUUUUAAACCUCUUUCCUCCUCACCUGUACAGUUUUUAGAGCUUUUUUGUCUUUUUAUUUGCGUUUCUUUUUUGUUUGUUUUUUGUGUUUACUCUGCUGUAAAGUGUCGUCAUUUAACUGUGAUCGUUUGUGAUCCUUUCCGACCAAAUUCUAUGAUAUUUUUGGAAACUUUUUUUGCUGUCCGAAGCAAAUAACGACCACUAAAAUAUUUCUGUAAAUUAUGUGAAAACUUAUUUUUAACCCAAGUAUUUGCAGGUAGUUCGGUAACUUAUUGUUGAUCUUUUUUUUGUUGUCUUUUGUUUGUUUUUGUUUGUUCUUAGUAAAGUGCUUUACUGUAGAGUGUACAGUAUUUGUUAAAAAACAAGUCUGUUUGUAUAAUACUGUAAAUUAUACAAAUAUCUGGUUCCUUAAAGUAUUACCUUAAAUUUAAUCUGAUUUUUUUUUUUUUGU